GUAGUUUUAUUUAUUUGUGUGUGCAUUCGUGACUGAAGUUUUGGAGGAUACGACCAGCUGAUUGUCUAUUUUGACAUUGAUUUUUAUUUUAAUUUGUUCGGAUUUUAACCCCUCAGCUUCAUCAUGAGAAGAAAACCAGGAAUAGGAGCAAUCCACAAGCAAAAGCUCGAGCAAGAGAAGUACAAAGACAAGGGAACAGAGAUCCAAGAGAGUCAACUCGAGCAGAUGACGAAGCAGAUGGAGAUAUUUCGAACGAACCUCGAAGAUUUUGCAACCAAGCACAAGAACGAGAUAAAAAAGAACGCGCAGUUUCGUCGUCAGUUCACCGAGAUGUGUGCCUCCAUAGGAGUUGAUCCAUUAGCCUCAGGAAAGGGUUUCUGGUCUGUGUUAGGCAUCGGUGAUUUUUAUUACGAGCUCGCGGUGCAGAUAGUCGAGGUCUGCAUGGCGACCAAUUACAAGAACGGGGGACUGAUCACCCUGGAUGAGUUGAGGGAACGUUUGGUCCAGGCCAGAGGUAGGAGGAAGGAGCAUCAAGACAUCACGAACGAGGAUUUACUCGCAGCUGCGAAAAAACUCAGGAUCUUUGGGAAUGGGUUUUCGAUUGUUCCAAUUGGAAGGGGAAAGUAUCUUGUGCAGUCAAUUCCUGGGGAGUUGAGUAUGGAUCACACUGCUGUCCUGCAGCAGGCUAGUGUCUCGGGGAAUGCUUAUACCUCUGUGGGGCUUCUGGAAGGAGAAUUGAAGUGGGAACGGGAUAGGGCUCAGAAGGCUCUUGAUCACAUGAUGAAGAUGGGACUAGCCUGGCUGGACGAACAGGGGGAGGAGGGGAAUCUCUACUGGUUCCCCAGCUUGUUCACUGCCUGUGUGGACUCUUCAUCCUAACAGCUCUAUUAUUCUUGGUACGCUGCACACUGUGCUAUUAAUUGUGAUAAUCCUAACUCGACGUCGUCAUCUGAAAUCAUCAUCGAAGCUGAAAUAAAAUGAAUAAAAUGAGUUUCAUUUUCGAGGGCGACAUUGUUGAUCUACUUGAAAGCUUGAAACCUCACCUUGCAGUUCUUCAAGUCCGCCUGAAGACUCUCCACAAUGGCCUCGUACUCCUGAAUGAUGGAAUUUCGCUCGUCGACACUAGGAACAUUGAAAUAUGUAAUAAUUCCAUAAAUAAUUAUUUUUCAAGCAUUC